AUGGUGGGAGUUGGACAACGGUCAUCUUUCCAGAGCCAGGGGAGUCGGCCAACAAGCAAAGAUGGCGUGAAGAAGAACAUAUGGUCUUCCAUGCUGGAUGGAGCAGCAAGCGGGAAGCGAUUGCCGGAAAAGAAUCUCCUGGUUCUGGGAGGUACGCCCGAUUGCCAGAGAGAGUUUUUGGAGACGUUAUCAUCAGACGAAUCCGAUCCUAGGGUGCCAUCUGAGCGGCGGAAAGGGAGAGCACCUCUAAUUACAAAUCAGUUUGCGGUCGGCUAUACGUAUCAGGAUGUGUUAGAUGCCGACCAAGAAGACAUUCUCGCCCGAGUUUCGAUCUAUCUCCUCUCUGAACCCUCUUCGACCUUUGCACCACUUCUCAAACCGCUCCUCACUCCGAAAACUGUACCAGAGACGCUGAUAGUAAUCCUGUUGGACUGGGAAAAUCCUUGGACGUGGGUUCGACAGCUCCGAGAAUGGGUUCGACUAUUGCGAUCUGUUCUGGUAUCACUUGAUGACGAAACUAAGGUGGUUAUGGAAGAAGUUAUGACGGAAUGGCGAGACCAUAAGAGAGGGGGCGAUCCGGCAUCCUCAGCGGGUACGGGGAUGACAAACUCUGGGGGACCGGUUACAAUACCCCUUGGCCCGGGGGAAUGGGAUGAAGGUUUAGGGAUCCCCAUGUGUGUGGUCUGCCAAAGAGCGGAGAAAAUCGAAAAACUGGAGAAAGAGCAUGGCUGGCAUGAAGAGGAAUUUGAUUUUAUACUACAAUUCAUGAGAACUAUCUUGCUGAAACACGGUGCUUCACUCAUUUACACGACUCCAUUCUUGGCCAACUCGUUACAGAGUCUAAUCCACACUUCGCUGGGAAUCCACUCAUUACUCAAGAAACAGUCUCUAAAGCAUAAUGUCAUAGACAGAGAUAAGAUAUUAGUCCCUUCAAACUGGGAUUCCUGGGGCAAAAUCCGAAUAAUAAGAGAGGGAUUUGAUAUAGAAGGGGUUGGAACAAGUUGGUCUAUGGAGAUCCAAGAUAAACCAAAACAAUUCCGCGGAAUAUCUGAGACCGAUGGCAAUCCAGAUGAGGGAAACAGUAACCACAAGCCAGAGGAAGAUGUGAUGGAAGGCGGCAGUAGUGCCACGCUUAUUUACGAACAAACCAUCCGGGACCCUAAGCGGGACAUCUCCGUGACGCGGAAUACGCAGAUUGGUGGAGACACGGCGAUUGAAGUGGAAACAAGGGAUAUGCAAUCAUUUUUAGCUGACCAGCUCGAGGUCCUCGAAAAGCUCAAAGCUGAGGAUGAGCAGCGCGAUAAGCAACUGCGCAAGGGAAACUUGCUCAAAGAUCACGAGAAUAAUAUCCCACUGGAUGAGCUGUCUCAUGUUAAUGAGCAUAUUGGGCAUGUUCAGUUCAAUAUGGGAGGCAUUCAGGUAGACGCGGAUGAUGUGUUAAGAAAGUUAAAGGAACGAGAAGCUAACCGAACCCCAGCACGCAAAGAUGCCUUGUCCCAAACCCCCACCAUUUCCCCAGGAAGUGGAACAGGCGACGACAAGAUGCAGAACCAGGCCCUUGCGAACUUCUUUGCUGGUCUUGUCAACAAGAAGUCGACAACAAGUCCCCGUCCAGGCCCGUCCUCAUAA